AGAAAAAUUAUUAUGGCUGACUGGGAAGAAAUAAAGCGUCUUGCUGCUGAUUUUCAACGCGCUCAGCUAAGUAGCACUGCUCACAAACUCUCAGAAAGAAACUGUAUCGAAAUAGUUCAGAAACUGAUCGGUUUGGGGCUGGUUGAGGUUAUUUACACGACAGAUGGCAAGGAAUAUCUCACUCCACAGCAAAUUGAACGAGAGAUAAAAGACGAAUUAUUUGUUCACGGCGGGAGAGUCAAUCUGGUAGACUUACAGCAGAUUAUUGGAGUAGAUCUGACUCAUGUUGAGAAUAAGGUCAGCGAAAUUGUCAAACAUGACAAGAAUUUGAUUGUCAUCCAAGGAGAACUUAUUGACAACAACUACUUAGACCACGUUGCAGAGGAGAUCAAUGACACUUUACAAGAGUCUGGACAAGUUGUUAUCUCAGAGUUAAGCAAGACAUUCACACUCUCCACUGACUUCCUACUUGAGAUUGUUGAGAAUAGGUUAGGGACAAUCAUUCAUGGGCAACUUGAUCAGUUGGAGAGAGGUGUCCUGUUUACUGAUGCAUUUGUAGCUCGACAGAUGGCCUGCAUAAGAGGAGUUUUUAGUGCUGUCACAAAGCCCACACCCAUAUCAAGUCUUAUGGCUCAGUAUGGAUUUCAGGAAAAGCUCCUUUAUACGGAUAUUGAGCAGUUAUGUUCUAAAGGCCGCAUAUCAGGCAGUAUACAAGGGAGACAGGACAAGGCUGUAUUUGUUCCAGAUAUCUACUCCAAGACACAGACAUCUUGGAUUGAUGACUUCUACCAUCAGAAUGGAUACAUAGAGUAUGAUGCACUGUCACGUCUUGGUAUUUCUGAUGGAAGACAGUUUCUUAAGAGGAGAUUCCAGAAGUUACCAGUGAAAUUUCUGCCCACAUGUUGUGUGGGGGAAUCUUUACAAGGCCAGGUUGAGGCUGCAAUUGAUGAAGCUUUGUCCAGUGGUGAAUGGAUUGACAUAUUGCCUAUCCUUCCAUCACCAUUCACCCCAGGGGAUGCUUCCCAGUUGUUACAGGAUUGUCUAAAGGCUGUUGGAAGAUCAUCGGCUCAUGUCUUCUGCGAGAGCAUUGUAGUCAGUGAAAAGUUCCUUAAAGACUGUUAAGAUCCCUUCCAACAAGUGAUGCAAGACAAAGCCAAAGCGGAUGCAAUUAAAUCUCCUGCAUUGUUCUCUGAGCUUACCAGAAAGGACUUGGCUUCAAUGGGUGCCUCUAAGGGGGGUACUGACAGACGGGACAACAAGAAAGAGGAGAGACGAAAGAAAGCAGCUGCAGGAGGUAGGGGUGGUGGUAGUGGAGGUGGGGGUGGGGGCAGGGGAGGAAGAGAAAGUAAAACUCAAAAGGUGAGAAAAAAGGACCGAGCCAGAGAUGAUGAUAUGGAAGAAGACAUCAGACCUAAGCAAAGUUCAUUUGAUAUACCAUUCAUGACAGUUGAAGAGAUAUCAGAAGAAUUACAGAAAAGAUUUCCAAGUUGUCCAGAUGAACUCUUUGAAGAAAUAGCUUCUUACUUGUUUAGGCCACUCACUCAAUGUUACCAAGAAGUAGCUCGGUCGGUCUUCCUGUCCACUGGCGACAAAAAACGUAAAAGUCACUCGGAGGUGCAGGAAAAAGUCAGUGUACUUUGGGCAAAUGCUAAACUGUUUGACAAAGGAAUAAAAUUAUUUUCUGAUGAUGUUCAAAUGCAGUUGUCCCGCCAUCUUCUGCGAACUAUAUGCACAGACAUAGUAAACCAGGCUGUGGGUCUGUUAGCUGCUGACCACAUGAUCACAAUCAAUGAUGAAACAACUCUAACUCCUGAGGACCGUCUAAAAGUAAUUUCUAAAUUUCCUGACAAAAUAAAAGCUGAGGUAGUCAAGUUGAAUUCUUCAUUAAAUGGAAAGGAAACAGAAGAUUUCUUUAACCAGUUUGAUGUAAUUUGUGGGAGUGGCUACUGUGAGUUUAUGUUAAAGAAGUUGGACAAGAAAAGAGAAAGGCAGCUGACAGUUGAGCAUCGCUGUGCUCUUCAAGAACAGUUGCGUCAAGAAAACGAGCCUGCUAUGGCUCUUCACCUGGCAUCUGCUGUGUUAUUCCAACACCACACUCACUGCAUGGUGCAUGCACCAGGUCGGUGCGUGCCGCAGAUAAUAAACUUUCUUAAAGAUAAGUUAACAUCCGAAAAUUACGACAAAUUAAACCACUACAUGACACUAGUUAUAAAGCAACUGUCCGGCAGUGAAGAUAAAGUGGUGAAGAAUGGUGACGAACAUGAAAAAGAGGACGAACAUGAAAAAGAGGAAGAACAAGAAGAGAGAACGAUAGGAGGUCAACUGGAAGAAGGACUUGAAGACAUCAAGCGAAUAGCACUCGAGUUAAAAAAAGGAAAAGUGGAAACUUAAGUUGCAAUUGAGAUUUUUUUGUAAGAGCAAACUGAGCGAUUUUGUUGCGUUACAUCUUCCAAUGUCGUGUCACGCUACCUAGGUACAAAGAGAGCAGUGUAACCAAGCCUCAAUCGUCACGAUAAAAUUCGAGAUACAUUUAUUUAUUGACCUAUAAACUAAUUUAAAAAUUCUAAAUUGACAGUUUAGAUGUUAAAUCCAAAGAUCAAUUGUACUGAAAUCUAAGGAAAAGUUUAUCAUGUACGUUCGUACCAUUACAACUUCUUUAAAGCUUGGAAUCAUGCAAUCUUCAGAAACUUUAUGACACAUUUGGUUAGUAACUUCUGUCCUUAAGAUCAAUAAAAAAUUCAAGUUUCUUCGUAGUUUUACAGUUUUACCUUGAAUUUUGACACACAUCAUACUAAAAGAUUAAGAGUAUAAAUCGACACAUUAUCAGAUCCUAAGUUUUGCAAGGAGAAGGUCCUAUAGUUAGGUUGUCAAUCGCUGUGGUAAAAAAAAGAAGUUACAGUGGAA